AAAUAAAUAAAUAACAACUACCAAUAAUCUCCCCCGACAAUAAUUAAAGUCAUAAGAUUUGACUUAUUUAUGUAUGUCUGAAAAAUGUCUGAUUCUAUAUAAUAUAAAUAUGGCCGUUGAAUCAUGAUCAUGCAGAGAUAGAGAGUUAAAGCUAAAGCAGAAGCAAUGAAGAAUACCAUUCGUUUCCUACAGCUGUUUCUCUUAACACUCUUAUCCUUCACCCUCUUCCUCCACGCAACCAUAUCCUACACUCCCUUUCUUCUCCAUCCCUACUCUUUAUCAUGCGCUUUCUCCUUAUUAAUCAUCUUCAUCCUCCGUAAACCUAAACCUAUUUAUCUUCUCAACUACUCAUGCUAUCUUCCGCCGCCCCGUCUUAAAACCACCAUUGAAUCCGCCGAGGUUUUUCUUCGCCGGAGUGAAAAGUUCACAAAUGAGAGCGUUGAAUUCAUGCGUAAUAUUUUUCUUAAGUCUGGCCUCGGCGGUGAGACAUACGCGCCGGCGUUCAUUGCUGAUAAUAAUCCUACGCCGUCGUUGAGUUCUGCUGUGGAGGAAGCUAGGGAUGGGGUAUUUGCGACGGUUGAUUCUGUUUUGAAGAAGAGUCGGGUUGAUUCGGAUUUGAUUGAUGUGGUUAUUGUUACUUCGGGUGGGUUUUCGCCGUCGCCGUCUUUGUCGUCGGAGGUUGUUCGACGGUAUGAUCUCCGGUCAGAUGUUAAGACUUUUAAUCUUAGUGGGAUGGGAUGUAGCUCCGGCGUUCUUUCUAUUGAUCUUGCUGCUAAUAUACUUCGUGGGAAUAGGAAGAUUCAAUACAUUCUAGUAGUAAUUUCCGAGAGCAUAACUUCAAACUGGUACUCGGGCGACAACCGAUCCAUGUUAGUAACAAACUGCAUCUUCCGGGUCGGUUGCGCCGCCGCACUACUAACCAACGAUCCAAACCGCCGUCUAUCCGCCAAAGCCGAACUAACCCAUUCUCUCCGCACCCACCACGGCUCGGACGAUUCCUCGUACCGAGCCGCCUUUCAAGAGGAAGACUCCGAAAACAUAACCGGAGUCUCCCUAACCAAAGACCUAAUCCGAGUCGCCGCAACAAACCUCCGCCGCCACAUCCGAACCCUAGCUCCCUCUGUUUUACCACUAAGCGAACUCCUCCACUACCUCUACUCGUCGGGGGCGGCGGUUAUGGCGGCGACUCGAGGGGAAACAAAAACCUACGUGCCCGAUUUCACAAAAGCGUUCGAACACAUAUGUAUACAUACGGGUGGGAAAGCUGUUAUUGAACAAGUUUCUAGGGUUUUGAAAUUUGAUGGUUCGGUUACGGAACCGGCUCGGAUGACUCUUCAUAGGUUUGGAAACACUUCGAGUAGUAUGGUGUUUUAUGAGAUGGCGUAUUUUGAGGCGAAAAGGAGGAUUAAGAGUGGGGAUCGGAUGUGGAUGCUUGCGUUCGGGACUGGUUUUAAGGUUGGGAGUUUGGUUUGGAGAUGGGCUCGGGAUUCGGGUGAAGAAGAAGAUAAUCCUUGGAAUGAUUGUAUUGAUAAGUAUCCAGUUUAUAUAAAUUAAUUAGGGCUUUAUUUAAUUAAGAUAAUAAUAUGUUUUUAUUAAAACUUUUGAUGUUGAAUUCAUGCAUGCAUGCAGGGUAAUUUGAUUACAAAAUCUGCAUUGUAUUUGAAAUGAUUGUUUGUAAUUUUAUAUUUUAAUUGUAAUAGUUUUAAUACAAGAUAUAAGGAGUAUAAUUAAGAUUAAAUCAUGGUAUAUAUAUUGUCAUUGAAUUGGAAAUUUGGAGGAAG